CUCUCCAAAGACAUCACUUCAACCGCUGUGGGAGCGGUACUAUAACUGAACAGCUUCCAAGGCAACGUCACAAUGUUCAGAACCGCGCUCAGGACGAGCGCCCGCGCGGCCGGUGCGCUCUCCGCUAGCAGCAGAUUUGCAGUCCAGCGAUCCGCCCCAGCCGCCGUCAACAUCACCCGUGGCUAUGCCGCCGACACCAAGGCCGCACCCACUGAGGUGUCGUCCAUCCUCGAGCAGAGAAUCCGUGGCGUGCAGGAGGAGGCAGGUCUCGCCGAGACUGGCCGUGUUCUGACUGUCGGUGACGGUAUUGCUCGUGUCUACGGCAUGAACAAUGUCCAGGCUGAGGAGCUGGUCGAGUUCGCCUCCGGUGUCACCGGCAUGUGCAUGAACCUCGAGGCCGGCCAGGUCGGUGUUGUGCUCUUCGGUUCCGACAGAUUGGUCAAGGAAGGCGAGACUGUCAAGCGUACUGGACAGAUUGUCGACGUCCCAGUUGGCCCAGAGCUUCUUGGACGUGUCGUCGACGCUCUUGGUAACCCAAUUGACGGCAAGGGCCCAAUCAAGACCAAGGAACGUCGUCGUGCCCAGAUGAAGGCCCCAGGUAUCCUUCCUCGCAAGUCUGUCAACCAGCCAGUGCAGACCGGUCUCAAGUCCAUCGACGCCAUGGUGCCAAUUGGACGUGGACAGCGUGAGCUGAUCAUUGGUGACCGUCAAACCGGAAAGACUGCCGUCGCUCUCGACACCAUGUUGAACCAGAAGCGAUGGAACAACUCCAACGACGAGACGAAGAAGCUCUACUGUAUCUACGUUGCCGUCGGUCAGAAGCGUUCUACCGUCGCUCAGCUCGUCCAGACCCUUGAGGAGAACGACGCAAUGAAGUACUGCUGUGUUGUUGCCGCCACUGCUUCUGAGGCCGCACCCCUUCAGUUCUUGGCUCCUUUCUCUGCUUGCUCCAUGGGAGAAUGGUUCAGAGAUAACGGCCGCCACGCCGUCAUCAUCUACGAUGACCUGAGCAAGCAAGCCGUCGCCUACCGUCAAAUGUCCCUGUUGCUCCGUCGCCCACCAGGUCGUGAGGCCUACCCAGGAGACGUCUUCUACCUCCACUCCCGUCUGCUCGAGCGUGCCGCCAAGAUGAACAAGAACUUUGGCGAGGGAUCCCUCACUGCUCUCCCAGUCAUUGAGACCCAGGGUGGUGACGUGUCUGCCUACAUUCCAACCAACGUCAUUUCCAUCACCGACGGCCAGAUCUUCUUGGAGUCCGAACUUUUCUACAAGGGUAUCCGUCCAGCCAUCAACGUCGGUCUUUCCGUGUCCCGUGUCGGUUCCGCCGCUCAGCUCAAGUCCAUGAAGCAAGUCGCUGGUUCGCUCAAGCUUUUCUUGGCCCAAUACCGCGAGGUCGCUGCCUUCGCCCAGUUCGGUUCCGAUCUUGAUGCCGCCACCAAGCAGACCCUCAGCCGUGGUGAACGUCUCACCGAGCUCCUCAAGCAGAAGCAAUACUCGCCAAUGGCUGUCAACGAGAUGGUCCCACUUAUCUUCGCCGGUGUCAACGGUCAUCUUGACAGCGUUCCAGUCAACAAGAUCCUCCAGUGGGAAGCAGACUUCCUCAACCACCUGAAGAGCAACGAGAGCGCUCUUCUCGAGCAGAUCGACAAGGAGGGAUCAUUGAGCAAGGAUCUUGAAGGCAAGCUGAAGGAUGUUGUCGUUAACUUCACCAAGAGCUUCUCGUAGAAUUUCUAGACUUGUCCCGGAGCCGGGUCGUGUAUAGUACAAAAGGCAAGCUUUGAGUUCGAAUUAGCAAGACAAGAGGAUCUUGUCAGCUCAAGUACCACAUCAGACGAGAGAGAGAGCAAUGAGGUGAAGUUAGAGCAGCAUUGUAGAUACGCGAAGUAACUGUUUCCUUUGUCAGUG